CUUUCAUAGACAGUCAUUGUACGUACAAUUUUCAAUUUAAUUAACAGAUUUUAAAAAUAAUUACAUAUUUGACAAAUUCAAUAUUUGAAAUUAUAAUAUUUGAUUAGAAAGCUAGUUGAACCGCAAUAUUCAACGAAUGAUUUUGAUUUAAACGAGAUGAAUAAAUUAGAAAAUGGAAAAUCAGAUGUGAAGAAAGAUUUGAAAAAACAAAAUAUAAAAAAGAGGUCUGGGAAACCAAUUGAAGCAUAUGGGAACCAGCAAAAGAAUCAUAUUUAUGUAAACAGUAAAACUAAUUUAAAAGCUAACAUCAAACAGUGCGAAAACUUGAUAAACUCCGGUUGUAGUGAAGUAUUUCUUCAUGCGCUUGGGAAAGCUAUACCAAAACUUGCAAAUUUAGCUUUACGACUUGUAAAUAAUUCGAAUGGAGCACUGACAUAUGAAGCUAAUACUUCAACAGUAACAUUAAUUGAUGAGCAUCAUCCAUUACACGAUGAUGAUGAACUAACUCUUGCAAAACGAUUGAAUUCAUGCCUUCACAUAAAAAUAUCAACAAAUGUUGACAUAAAUAUUGAUAACAAUAUAUAGAAGGGAUUAAAAAAGGAGCUGAAUUAAAUUUUGUAGAAAA